AUAUUUUAAAAUUACUUUAAUUAUAAAAUAAAAUUUGCAUAAAUUAUUUACUAAAUAUUUAUUAAAUUGAUAUUAUUUUAUUAUUCCGCACAUCCUGCAGGCCGUAGUCUAGUUAACAUCGGUAAUAUACGGACUAUUUAUCACCUGAAUCAAUAUUAUAAAAAAAUCUUUAUUACUAAAGUUUUUCAUGUUUCAGACAUGACCAAGCAAAGAAAGAAAAUAAUAAUAAUAAUAAUAAUAAUAAUAACCUGCCUGGUCAAAGAUAUAGGAUCUGUCUAUUUUUGUAUGAAAAAAACAAAAAAAAAAGAGAGAGAAAGAAAGUUAUAUUAAACAACCCAAAGGGCAAAGCCUCAGAAACAGAAAUAUAGUUCAGGUAUGGGAUCUGUCUUGGAAUCCAAAGAAACAUCUAAAACUGAAUUGUUUCAGAAUUGGCAAAACAGUUUGGAAGUUUCUGUAACAAAUCAUAGUUUGAAAGGGUCAAGUAUAAAGAACAAACAUUAUAUCCUCAACAUCCCUGUCUGAAGUAAAAGAACAGCUAUGAAAAACCAUAUUCAAAUGCCUGAAAAAAAGAAAAAAGAAAAAAGAAAAACCAUAACUUGUUACUCAGAAACAUUAAUGGGUUAUUAAGGAAAAAUUAGGUACUAAAAAUAUGGGAAAAAGAUUUUUUAGAAGGUUCUUUAACUAAUAACUUACCGAUAACCCUAUUUUUUGAAAGAAAGAAAUGAUGUGACGAGGGUCUAUGUCCUUGCCUUUGAAAAGGGUCAAGAAUUUUCUCAAGAAAAAGGGUCAAGAAUUAAAAACAGAAGAUUAAUUAAACGUUUUAAUAUAAUAAUAAUUAUAACGGAUUUAAGCUAAUCAAAGAGCCAAAACAAAUUUAACGCUCCAUGUUUGGCUAACCAUGCAUUAUUCUUGUGGUUAUAGAAGUAGUAGUCUCGUAAAUCUAUUCCUUCCUUUCUCUCUCUCUCUCUCUCUCUCUCUCUUUUCUCAUGGUACACCAUCCUCAGAUUGUUGGCCUUCCAACAGGUGCCUCCUCCAUUUCUGAGCAGAGGAAGAAGAAUUUCAACUUCAAACAUUUUUGUAAAGUUUACUUACCAGCAAUCGUAAGAUGGUCUCGCAUUAAGAAAACAUUAUCUUCAUCACCAUCAUCUCCACCUUCAAAUUCACAUUCUUCGGGCGUAGCUGAACCACCGGAAGCAAAACCAAAAGCCACCCACGAAUCUGUUGAGGAGCUUGGUGAAGAAAUAGAAGAGGAAACAAUGAAAAGUGUUCACAGCUAUAGUAUGCGAGGAGAUAAUCCUGCAAGCUCUAAUAGAUAUUACAAGCAUAAAAGCUUGGAAAAUUGUUUUCCACACUUAUCUUCUCCUUUAUCGAGAAAUGGGAGUAGAAGGAGUCCAUCCCCAUCACCAUCCUUUCUAUAUAGAAGCGUGAGCAGGGGAAGCACAGAGUCGAAUCAUGGCUUCUCUUCUUCAUCUCUUUCAAGAAAUGCAAGCAGGAGAAGCACCACACCUAUCAUGUUUUCAAAUUCAACGGGGAUGUUGAAACCUCCAGCUGUUCAAAAGUAUCUUGAGUGCACUCUUGAGGACUUGUGCCAUGGAUGCACGAAGAAGAUUAAGGUUACAAGAGAUGUCCUUACGAACACAGGUCAAAUAGUUCAAGAAGAGGAACUACUGACGAUAGACAUAAAGCCAGGAUGGAAAAAAGGAACGAAGAUAACAUUCGAAGGAAUGGGAAAUGAGAGACCUGGAACUUGUCCAGCAGACAUAACUUUUGUGAUUGCUGAGAAAAGACAUCCUCUGUUCCGGAGAGAAGGAGAUGAUUUGGAAAUAGCCGUAGAAAUCCCCUUAGUAAAGGCACUUACUGGGUGUGACAUUUCAAUCCCUUUGCUAGGCGGUGAAAGAACUACGCUGAUGAUUGACGAUAUCAUCUACCCUGGCUUCCAGAAGAUCGUAAAAGGACAAGGUAUGCCCAACACAAAGGAGCAUGGAAAGAAAGGAAAUUUGAAGGUUAUCUUCCUAGUUGAGUUCCCAACGGAACUGACAAACGAACAACGAUCUGAUGUUCUUAGUAUCUUAGAAGAUUCUUGUUGAAAUUUGUUCAGGUUUCUCUAGGUGCAAAGAUUUCCCUCUGUUUGGUUUUAAGAGUUCAACUUUUUUCUUUCUUUUCAUGGCGUUUAGAUAUUCAAAAUCCAGUACUUCAUUGUAAAUUAUGGUUAGUCUCCUUACAACUUAGUCAUCAAACAGCUAUACAUCUCUGACGUUUGAUCUCGCACCCAAGGCUUGGUCGAAAAAUGGUGUCAAAUUAUUAGCAUAUAAUAGCAUUUCACUGGCAGAA